AUGGAAAGACAGCUCUCAACUUGUAAACUCAUUACAGAAUCUGACUCUUGGGACUGUGAGACUACAGAAAGCGACAGAGCAACACGGCGCCACACUCUCUAUUUCAAGCUGUUAGCUUUUGAAGACGCUAUGAUCCCAUCACUUGGACUAGGUCCACAAAGACCUCCACCUCCCACAGGUCCACUAAAACCUCCACCUCCCACAGGUCCACAAAGACCUCCACCUCCCACAGGUCCACUAAAACCUCCACCUCCCACAGGUCCACUAAGACCUCCACCUCCCACAGGUCCACUAAAACCUCCACCUCCCAAAGGUCCACUAAAACCUCCACCUCCCACAGGUCCACUAAAACCACCACCUCCCACACGUCCACUAAAACCUCCACCUCCCACAGGUCCACUAAAACCUCCACCUCCCACAGGUCCACUAAAACCUCCACCUCCCACAGGUCCACUAAGACCUCCACCUCCCACAGGUCCACUAAAACCUCCACCUCCCACAGGUCCACUAAGACCUCCACCUCCCACAGGUCCACUAAGACCUCCACCUCCCACAGGUCCACUAAAACCUCCACCUCCCACAGGUCCUCUAAAACCUCCACCUCCCACAGGUCCACUAAAACCUCCACCUCUCACAGGUCCACUAAGACCUCCACCUCCCACAGGUCCACUAAGACCUCCACCUCCCACAGGUCCACUAAAACCUCCACCUCCCACAGGUCCACUAAGACCUCCACCUCCCACAGGUCCACUAAAACCUCCACCUCCCACAGGUCCACUAAGACCUCCACCUCCCACAGGUCCACUAAAACCUCCACCUCCCACAGGUCCACUAAGACCUCCACCUCCCACAGGUCCACUAAAACUUCCACCUCCCACAGGUCCACUAAAACCUCCACCUCCCACAGGUCCACUAAAACCUCCACCUCCCACAGGUCCACUAAAACCUCCACCUCCCACAGGUCCACUAAGACCUCCACCUCCCACAGGUCCACUAAAACCUCCACCUCCCACAGGUCCACUAAAACCUCCACCUCCCACAGGUCCACUAAGACCUCCACCUCCCACAGGUCCACUAAAACCUCCACCUCCAAGAUAG